CUGAAUUAAAAUAAAGUAAACAAGUUUUAUAAAAGUAAAGUACCAAUUAAAAUAAGAAAUUUGUUAUUUUGUGGUGAUAAUUAUUUUUCUUAAUCACCAUACAAUCUCAACAGUUUGCUGAUGUGAUAAUUCUUGAAAUGUCAUCGUAUAUGGCAGGUGUUUUUGAUUUAGAUUUAGAUGUGGAUACAGUUACAGUAGCAGAUUCAGAUGAAGAUGAUAUUAUCGAUGUCGAUGAGGUGGACUAUGAACCAGAAUUACAUGUGAACAGUAUUGUGGAGGCAGAAGGAUCAGAAACGAUUCAACUUUGUGAAGAUAAUGUGAAUCCAGGUCAAUGUAAACGUCUUGGUCCUCAAGACUUUGAAUUACGAAAAGUACUUGGAAAAGGAGGAUAUGGAAAAGUUUUUCAAGUUCGUAAAAUCACAGGGCAAGAUGCUGGUGCCCAUUUUGCUAUGAAAGUUCUUAAAAAAGCUUCCAUAGUUCGAAAUCAAAAAGAUACUGCACAUACCAAGGCUGAAAGGAAUAUAUUGGAAGCUGUAAAGCAUCCAUUCAUAGUAGAACUAGUGUAUGCUUUCCAGACCGGUGGAAAGUUGUACUUAAUUUUAGAAUAUUUAAGUGGUGGAGAGCUUUUUAUGCACCUUGAAAGGGAGGGGAUUUUCCUGGAAGAUACAGCCUGUUUCUACCUAUCAGAGAUUAUACUGGCCUUAGAACAUUUGCAUAGCUUAGGAAUAAUAUAUCGUGAUUUAAAACCUGAAAAUGUACUACUCGACGCUCAAGGACAUGUCAAAUUAACAGAUUUUGGAUUAUGUAAGGAACACAUCCAGGAGGGUAUUGUAACCCACACAUUCUGUGGAACCAUCGAAUAUAUGGCCCCAGAAAUUUUAACUAGAAGUGGCCAUGGUAAAGCUGUUGAUUGGUGGAGUCUAGGAGCAUUGAUGUAUGAUAUGCUGAUAGGUCAGCCACCAUACACUGGAGACAAUCGUACGAAAACCAUAGAAAAAAUAUUAAAAGGGAAACUUAUGUUACCUGCCUACCUCACGCAAGACGCUCGUGAUUUAAUCAGACGUCUAAUGAAGCGUUCAGAGACUCAGCGCCUGGGAGCCGCCGGGGCAGCGGCUGUUCGGGGUCACGCUUUCUUCAAACACGUACAUUGGGAUGAUGUAUUUGCUCGAAGAUUAGAACCACCAAUAAAACCAAGAUUAACCAGUGAAGAUGAUGUAUCACAAUUCGACACAAGAUUUACUUUACAAACACCAAUUGAUUCACCAGAUGAAUCUACUUUAAGUGAAAGUGCCAACUUAAUGUUCCAGGGAUUCACAUACGUGGCGCCGUCUGUUAUGGACGAGAUCCACAAGCCCAGAGUUAUAACGGCUCGUUCUCCUCGUCGUCCGAGACCGCAUCAUAACUUUACUAUCCCGCCCGCCGCCGCUGCCCACAAUCACACUCACGCUCAACAAGAGGACCUCAUGGAAGUUCAAGGUUUACCUAUAUACAAUAAAUAUUCGAAAUUGAAAUGAAUAUAAUUAACACAUCAAGAGGUAGAUACUAAAAUAAAACAUUUAGAUGAAUUAAUUAUUUAAUAAGAACGAGUGCUGCCGAAUCGGUCAAUAUCGAAGAUUAUAUUUUAUUGACAUCAAAUAUUGUUUGUGAACGAGUUGUAAACCUUAAUAUUGUAAAAUAAAUUAUUUAUAUGUUUAAUUAUAAAAAAAAAUCUUUCGCAUACUAAAUAAUUAUUUCUAUCUCACCAAAAUCGCCACUGUAUUUCACUUAAUUUUGCUUGUUAAAUUCAUGUGAUGAAUCCUAAGCAAUCUUUAGUUCAUACAGGAGUUAGUUUACACAUCACACCAAUUACCAUUUUCCCGUCUAUGUUAGAUUUUAUCAUCAUUAUAAGUUUGUUUACUGCCAAGUUUAAUUUUUUUAUUUAACUUAUGAAUUUCAUAUCAACCAUGUUAUCAAUUCAAUAUGCGUGCAAAUUAUUUUUACACUUUAAAAGGCCUUUAACAGGGUGAAGAAAACCUACCGCGUUUUCGUAAUUUCUAAAUAUAGCAGCGGUGGAUCGUUUUUCAAUUAUCUGAUUACGUAGAUAUUUUCCAGUCAGCAGAGUAGCCUUUAUUAUUCGUUGAAAUUGUUUUGAGCGCUGCCAAAAUAGUAUAAACCAUCGAAUAUAAAAACAGAUUAUUUUCGUCCAGUGGAAUGAAUGCUUGACUCUGAAGCUGUGGACUAUUUAUUAUUUAAGCGUUUUUGAAGAUGCAGGCUGAUUAUAAAACCCUGGAACCUUUCUCGCUCAAGAUGCACUGAGAUUUGGUUUCACUAAAUCAUUUAGGUUAAUAAAAUCCCGAAAAAUAUCUAUAGCAAAUACAUAAACACAUACUUUAUUUUGUGAUAAAGUUUUGAUUAAGGAAAGGUUGUAAGCGUACUCGAAAAAAAUGUCUUAGAUUACCCGCCUUAGCUAAGAAACUAUUAUUAGCGUGCCCUUUAUGACAAUUACUUUUUUACUUGACUAUGGGGCUAUUGAAGCUAUGCGCGAACGGUUAGAUUGGCUCACGGUCUCAACCUGAGUACUAGCCCUAGCAAGAGCAUUGCUUCACAGAAUCUACUACCGGAUCGGAAUCGCGACCCAAUGAGAAGAUCCGGCGAGAAACUCAGUAGGUUAUGUCUAUGGAUUCAUUCGCUUGUCGAACUCUUCGUCGAACACACAGAACACCUCACUACUUCGCGGCAGAAAAAUUCCAGUCCGCUCGCAAUUAUAAUAGCAAUUAUUAAUAAUUGUAAUGCGUAAGUGGCUAUUAUUGAUCAAUAAGUGCUUGAAAAUUGUUUUAAGUUCUAAUUUUCACAGAUUAUUUAAUAAAGAGUAUAUACUUUUGGAAGUGUGGCGAUUCGUGAAAUGCUAAAACUAACAUUCCCGAUUAAAAAACGCGUUUCCUUUUAGUAAUGCAGUGUAACACAGUAAGUUUCACCUGUCGCUACCUCGCUUGCUGUCCUGCGAGGCGGUCAACAACGGCAUUCACUUAUGACACUAAGUGAAUCCCGUUGUUAACACUUAAGUUAGUGUUCAGUUAUUGAACCCCUAAGUUUUAGUGCUUGUUCAUUGCGGAUUUAGGAAUCAUUAACGCGCGGCUUAGUAAAUAAACGUUAUUUUUAGUUUACUUUAUGAUCGUGUAUCGUCUACUGCGUUCGGAUUCGGGAACGAAUUCAUUAACCGCGAUUUUAUUGAAAGAUUAAAAAUUGUUCUUUAAAAAAUCAAAUAGGUACCUACCAUCUGAGAUUUAAAAGUAUUCUUCAUUUCGUUAAUGUCAUGGACAUUGACAUCCAAGGGAUUAAUAAGCUAAACGGCGGGUUACAUUUUAGAGCAACGCAAAAUUCGGAUUAUUUUUCAAGAAAUAGCAUUAUUGAAUUACCGUAAUAUGUCUGAUAAAGAAAAAAAACCUUUUCAUUAUUGUUGCUGUGUGAAGUAGCAGUUUUGUUAACUGAAGUGUUUGGUAGAUUUAAGAGAACAUUGAUAUAUCGUUAUAGGUUAGUGUGAGAGUAAACAAUAAAAUUAUUGAACAUCUUUUAUGUAUAUUUUAUUCAAUCAUAAAUUUACAUAAAAAUGUAAACGAAGCUUAUUAAAGACAUAAUCAAAUAAGACCUUUGCGUCUUGUUGUUAGAGUACAUACGUUAUAAUAAUAUCAACGUCAUUGGCUACUAGUUUGUAAAUGUAAAAGAAAUUGUAGGGCGCGUUGCGAGCGACCAAAAGAGGAUAAUAUCUUCCAGCCUUCUACUGCAAAGUACCAACGGUUCCCGUGUGAAAGUAAAGAUCAGCUUCAUUCCAGGGUUAUUGUGGCUUCAACCUCAUGACUCGAGAUUGGCAGCCAGGUUCGGAUUGUGCUGCUUGUGGUUUGCUGUAUCCGUUGAAAGCCAGAUUGGUAACUCGUCUAUUCAUUACCCUAAAUCCAAAUGAUUUUAAUGUAAAUUACGAAAUUAUCACUGACCGAUAUGUACACUUAGUUAUAAUUCCAAAAUGUGUCCGUGGUAUAAUUCCAUCAGAAGUGUAAGCCUCUUACUAAUUGCUAUUUAUUUUUGCCUAGAUUUUAAUAAUAGUUUCCAGUCGUUAUUUAAAUACGAAAUAUAUUAUUAUACCAGUAUAAAUACUAAGAAUGUAUGUGGUAAAAUUUAUAAUCAAUAUACCUACGUACCUAACUAUGUACGAUUUCGUUUUAUUAUAAACAAGUUACCGGAUGAUAUUUAUAAUAAUUUGAUAGCAGUGAAAUGUUCUAACCCCCGUAAUAUUAUUAUGAAAAGAAAUAAAAUAUUAACUUGUUACCAUGCUUCAUGAUUGAAAUAAAAGGUCUUUUUUAUUUUGUAAA